GCGCCAGGUUACGGAGUCCGACGCUCGCAUCAGCGGCGUACGUUCGCCGUACGGCCGUAAAAUACAUAUGCGUCUUGCGUACACACGCAGUUCGAAGUACAUAGUGCUCCAGAACGGUUCGGGCUGCAUCGCGAUUGAACCAGGAGGCCAGAGUCAUGGCUGGAUUAGGUAGUUGAUAAUUCGCUGGACAUCAAGUGUCCGGAAAGCCGUGCGUGCGGUUGGCAGAUUAUCGAGUCAAGCCGCAUGUUAGUGACUGCGUAUUGUACAAAGCUGCUGAAACUUGAACGGCCCGCUGCAGCGAGACUGCACAAGCCGUUAGGUGCGAAAAGACGCUUAGCUGCGCGUAUAGGCGCGCAUAUCGGGACAGUGAGGUUAUGUUGUUGCUGCAUCUUUGAGAGUCGAGCGACAGCUAUCAUCAAGGGCCUCCGCCGACUGGCUAACUGGAUUUUCCAUAUCCGAGCGAUAGAUGCGGAGAUACGAGGCGAGAAGAAGUAGGAGCGAGAGGCAAACAGCAGAAGCAGCAGCAGCAGCCGAGCAGUAUUCAACAAGUAGGCAAGUGUGCAGCUCUCUGUCGUCGGAGUGCUGGUCGAGUCAAGUGAGAUGAGAGUAGGAUGCCAGCGGGCAGCGACUGCAGGAGGCGGAGACGACGAAGCGCGGUCGAGGAAAGGACGAGGAGCAGCGGCUCUAGUGCGACUGCUUCCCAACUGAACUGGCGGCUUACUCUGCAGUGGAUUUCGGAGGCUGUAUGGAGGCAGGGGGGCUCCUGCCCCGCCAGCCCCAGCAAGGCCCCCCUGGCUCCAUUUCCGGACCGCCCCCACACGCCAAUCUCAACUUAGCCCUGCAACAGCAGCAGCAGCAGCAGCUAUCGCCCGGCCAGGUGCAAUUGCGCCAGGAUCUUGCCCCGCAGCUCUGCCAGCAGCAGCAGCAGCAACAACAACAGCAGCACCUUCACCACCAACACCAGCUUCACCUGCAGCAGCAGCAUCAACAGCAGCAUCAACAGCAGCAUCAACAGCAGCAACAGCAACAGCUGCAACAAAUGGGUCAGGCACCUGGGAUGGGUGAACUAGUGCCGGCGAAGCGUCAACCAGUUUUAGAUCGGCUGCGCCGCCGAAUCGAGGGAUACCGGAAGCGCCAGGAUGUGCUCGAGCCCAAGUUCCAGCAGAGCUUUAACGGCCAGUGCGAGCAGAACACCCAGGAGACUCAAGUGCUGAAGCAGCGCUUUUUGGACACCAAGGCCAAGCGCCAAGCCAAAAAAACUGACAAGAAGCAGAGCGACAACCUCAGCCUGUCCAGCAUUCAUGUGCAGCAGAAAUUUUUGAAGCGCAGCGCCGAGGAUUUGGAGGGCACAGCCGGUGGUGGUGGUGACGGUGCUUUCGGCGAGCCAGCGGUGAAGCUGCAGUGUACGCAGUCAUCGAGUUCGAUCUCGCACCACAGCCACUCUCAGCACCAGUCCAGCAAUGCGAGCUCGGUCAAUCCUGGCUCCAACAGCAAUGCAGGUCCAGCCGGUCCUCAGUCGGCUAACUCGGCCUCGGCUUCGGCUCAAGCUGGUGGCAACGGCGGAGGCAACGCGAACUCCGGGAACGCAGGACCGACCGAGGCCCUCACCAAGUUCUCCGUUGAGAUCGUGCAGCAGCUAGAGUUCACGACGUCGGCGGCCAACUCUCAGGCACAGCAGAUCUCGACGAACGUGACGGUCAAGGCCCUGACCAACGCCUCGGUCAAGAGCGACCUCGUCAACGCGAGCGCGUCGCCCAAGAGCGAGCCCGGCUCGGCGUCCGUGAGCCACAACAAUGCGGCACAACAGCAGCAACAGCAUCAGCAACAGGCGCAGCAGCAGCCGCCAAGCGGUGGCCCAGGCUCGGUGCCUUCCGCGGCUGCCUCGGCUGACAUCAUUAGUAGCCUCGUUGAGUGCAAGCAGGAGCCCGAUAACGACUUCGACCUCGAGCAGUGCGCCGCAGCGCUGGAGAAGGACCCCUGCUUCCCAGGCUUCGUCGUCGACUUUAUGGGCGACGAGGCGGCCGACGAUGACGCUUUCAAGGACCUCAUCUCCGAGAUCUCGGACUUUCAUCCGCAGAUGGACUUCAUCAAGGAUCUCGACUUCGAGGACAAGCACCUGGAGGUGCCCAACAAUAUGCACAUCAAGCUCGAGGACGACAAGGAACAAGCUCACGCUGCCAUGCACGCAGCCCAGCAGCAGCAACAGCAACACCAGCAGCAGCAGCAACACCAGCAGCAGCAUCAGCAGCACCAGCAGCAGCACCAGCAGCAGCAGCAUCAGCAGCAACAGCAGCAGUAUUCGCCAGCGUCGGCUGCCUCGCGAAUGCCCUAUGGUGGUGGCGCUCUCGAUUUCAAGUCGGAACUGAGUCCUGCUGCCCAGACGCUCAAGCAAAUGGCCGAGCAGCACCAACACAAAACUCAGCACAUGGGAAUACCUGGACCUUUCAAUACCUCGGCAGCUGCUGCGGCUGCGGCUGCCGCGGCCGCUGCUGCCGCCGCAGCGAGGAACCCGAACGCGCGAUCGCCCUACCCUCAGUUCGCUGCUCAAUUCGACGGUGGAGCCUCGGAUUACCUGGGCAGCCCUGGGUCGCAGUCCAACAUACCUUACCACAAGAACAAUGGCGCGGCUUUCCAAAGCCAGCAGCAGCAACAGCAGCAACAGCAGCAACAACAGCAGCAGCAACAGCAGCAGCAGCAGCAGCAGCAGCAGUCGGAUAUGUUCAGCCAGCAGCAGCAGCAACAACAGCAGCAGCAGCAGGCUCAGUUCGACAUGGGCAAGGCUAGAGGACAGCAAGGAACCGCCAAGGCACAAGCGAAUAUUCUGGGAGCAUCUGGACCAGGAUAUAAGCAGCAAUAUUCGCCUUACGGAAGUCCAGGAUCGAUGCCCAACCACGGCAGUCCGGGAUAUUCGCUGCCGACGAGACUGCCACAGGGCGCAGGUCCGGGUCCGAGUCCUCAAGGAAACUUCAGCAACUCGACGCCGCCGAGACCGUCGUCUGGAUCAAGUGCUUCGAUCAUCCAGAUCAAUCAGGCUCAGCAGCUUCACAUAAACAACCCUACGCAUCAAAUUCAGGUGUCUGCUGGUCAGCACAUGCAACUAACGAGUGAAGUGAAGGCGGGCAACGUGUCCGUAGCAGCCCAACAGGGUAUGUACUUCAAUCAACAACAGCAGUCGCAGCAGCAGCAACAACAGCAACAUCAGCAAUCACAGCCGCAGCAGCAGCAAGCACCGCAACAGCAGCAGCAGCCACAGCAAGGCGUGCCUGGCAACCAAAAUGAGGCCUACUGCACAGUUUCGCAAUCGCAAACGAUUAACUUUACCCAACAGAGUCUCAGACAACGUGCCGCUGCAGCCUCGGCUGCUGGACCCGUGCCUACGGCUGCUUCUGCGGCUGGUCCUCCGCAGCAGCAGCAGUCGCGUGGGCACCCGGGUCAACAGACUGGAGCGUCGACUGUUCAAGUUCCUCAACAACAGCAAGUGCCAGGCUCUCAAGUCUCGGAGCAGCACGUGAAAUUGCUCCAGCAGCAGCAACAGCAGCAACAAAUACUGCGAGCUCAGGCCAUGCAACAGCACCAGCAACACCAACAGCAGCAACAGCACCAGCACCAGCAUCAACAUCAACAUCAACAACAGCAACACCAGCAGUUACCGAACGUAAUGAGUGGUGGAAUCGUACGUCCCCCUCCGCCGGAAUACAAAGCUGCUCAAGCUCAACUUAUGCAUACUAGUAUAAACAUGGGCCAGCAGCAAGCGAGGUUCGCAAAUGCCGCUUCUAUGCGCAGAGUUGCCCAGCAGCCUAUGCCGCCAUCCGGACCAAUGAUGAGGCCCCAAAUGGCGCAGCAGUCUGCGAUACACGCGCCUGCGAACUCUGGGAUGUACGUAGGUGGCGGAGGUCUCGGAGUUGGAGGUGGAGUAGGCGUAGGUAUGAACUCCGGCCCGACCGGACCUGUUGGGGGAACCAUGAGCGCAAUUGGUGGCAUGCACCAAAUGCAGCAGCGACUCGGAUAUCCACGUACCAACAACCAGCGGCCGCCGAAUAUGAACGUUGGCCCACCCGAUAACUUUGGCAAUGGAAUGCCUAAUCGUGCACAAAAUUGGCAGCUCUUAAUGCAACAGCAACAGCAACAGCAUCAUCAAGGUGGCUUCAUGGGAGGAGGAGGCGGUAUCCAGAUGAAUGCAGCGCAAAUACAACAUCAGCAACUCUUACGCUCUCAAAGCGGUGGAGUGAUGAGUGCUGCUACUGGAAUGACGAAUACUGCUUUACAGCAACAGAUAGUUGCGUCACAGCAGCAGCACCAACAACAGCAGCAGUCCAAUAACCAAAUGGGAAUGCAAUUACAAAUGUCGCAAACUCAAUCAGUUAAUUCAGUCGUCGUUUCUUCAGGCUCGCCUAUGCAUUCACAUCAACAAUUUGGUGCUGGUAGUCCAGGAACCCGUGGUCCCUUACAAUCCCACGUUCCUCAACAGCAACAGCAGCAGCAACCAGCGGAUCAGUCGGUAAAUGCAAACGAUAUAGGUUUUGAUUUUCUGGACAAUCUACAGACCAGUGACACGUCGAGUUUCAACCCUCAAGAAUUGCUGAAUUCGCUCGAUUCCAACUUUAAUUUAGAUUUCUAAACACCUCUCGCCUUUCUUUUCACGUCCGCUUAGUUUUGCGCGUCAGCGUAUUCUCAUCAAACUAUGAGUCACGAAAAAGGAGAUCAAAGUAUAUUGUAUAGUCUUUGAAUAGUGGCUGUUAUGGAGGUGCUAACAAGGAUCCACUGAACUCAACACCAAAUUGGAGAUAUAAGAGAGAGAGCGGAAGCAUGAGUGCUCCAGUCGACGGGCCUAACUUUUUUGGCAGCUUUGACGAGCACUCGAGAAAAGCUGGAAUCGACCUAUUCGUUACUGCACAUAGUUCAUCACAAAUGUAUAUGUAAUUAGCGGCUAGUGUAUUUAAAAAUUAUCCAGUUAAAUUAAUUUAAGUAAAUACGUCAAUUAGGCAAGGUUGAGAAAGAGUUGCAACUGCUAUGAAUAGUCAAAAAUUUACCAGAACUGAACGAAUAAUUUAUUAGAUAAAAGUGACAAGCAUAGCGAGUGUCUUGUAAAUACAUGUAUGUAUAGCGUGUUUAUGUACAUGAGAGUGAAUGUCAUUGCGUGAUCUGAUUUUUUUUUUAAUUUAAAAAGUAGUUUUGUACAGAUGCGGCUUUUGCAUGAUUGCAAGGCGACCAGAAACUUCUAAUUCGCAGUUCGUUAGAGUUCGUUUAUAGACUAAGCAAACUCUCCUCCGUAUAAGUUGUUUCGCACAAAGAUAAACGUUUUUUUAUUCAGUUACUAACGUAGAAUAGAAGCAAUUGUUACAAUAACUCUAUUGUAAUUAGACUGGGAAAUUAAUUUUUAAUUUGUUACUUUAUAGGAGAGUUCGCAUUUUGCUCAUCUUCCAUUUAGUGAUGCAUUCCAAUUAAAAGAAUUUCCCGCUAUACUCAAACGUAAGCUCACUAAACUGUAAACGGAUAUUUUAUCAUCAUGUUUUUCAAUGAGAGGGAAUGGGAAAGGUCGAUCACGUUUGCAUUUCGAAAUUUUAAUCCAACUGUUUGGCUUCCCGAAAAAAAUAUUUAAGUAAAUAUAUUAUUAUGGGAGAAUCCGCGCGAUGAGUUAACUUUAAAAUUGAACACAUUUUAAUCGUGUAAUAGCGAUCAGUUAUUACGGCAUUAAUGUUGAACACUUUUGAAUUCUAUUGUUUGAAAAAUAUUUUGUUUUAAUUAUAUUAUUGGGACCAACAAAGAAAAUAAUCAAUUAAAAGAAAAAACUUUGGUAAGAUUUUUUGCAUUUUUGUUAGAAUCUUGUACAUAUGGUGAUGGGUCGUUGUGUCCAAACGAAAAAAAAAACGUGGUUUUAGAACGUUGUGUAUAGUAAUUUUCAAUUUUAUAUCAAUAUUAGUAUCGUUGGGAGGCAGAUUAGAAACGUUUAGCAAGAAGCAAUAUUGUCUCGUAUGUACAUCAUAAUACAUGAUAAAAAAAGUAAAGGCUUGUUGAGGAAAUAAUACAAUAUGAGUUAGCUUCGAUCAACAUGUGCGUAAUCAUAGGUAAUCAGUCAAUGAUUUAAAUCAUCAGCCUUAUAUAUAAUAAGCGCCAGUACGUAAUUUACCGAAAUCAAACAUUUUCUAUCAUAAGUAGCUUACAAGCAGCACAGUGAAAUCCUGUCGACAAAUGUAAUUACAAAAAAAUAUAUAUAGAUAUAUAAAUAUAUUUAAAAAAAGCGAGUAAAAGAAGGAAGAUCUCUUUAAGAGUAGUAGAUAUAAAAGUAUUACAUUGUAGAAUGAUAUGAAAAAGUAUGGGGAUUUAAAAUUUUAUUAUUACUCCUUUUUUUUAUGAAAAUAGUAUAAAACGUGCUACUUAAAUACAUAUUUUAUUGAAACGUGUUGCAAUGAUAAAAAUACAUUUGGAAUCUAUUUUUCUUGUUGCAAUACUUUCUGUAUGAGAGAUGAAUAAUAAAUUCGCUGAAAAGUGAAAUCAUCGUAGUAAGUAUAUAAUGCUUCCUAUAAUGUUGUAAUACAAUAUAAAAUAUAGUUAACUUUUACAAUACUGACGAUGUUAACCGCAAAUACGUUUUUAUUGACAAAUUGAAUGGUCUCACUGUGCCGCUUGUGUUUUACUCAUUUUCGUUUGCAUACGUUAUACUGUUAAUUAUUCGCGUACUUUAUUCUGAAUGCAAUGCGUUUGCAUCGAAUUAAGGACCAACAAACAAAAAGAAGAAUCGUUUUUUACGUAGCCUAAUUUUAUAUUUAAAAAUAUAGUGCACGCAAAUUGUCCGAAUUGUUUUGGAAUAUUUGUAAUAUAAACAACGACCUGAAUUGUAUCAAGAGAUUUACAAACGGACAUUAGGCGCCUACAAAAACGAGUAUUAGGGCUGUAUAAUUUGAGUAGAUAGGUUUCGUUUGUGUUCUCUAUAUUGUAAAACAAAAUUAAAGAAAUAUAGCUAAUUUAUCAAAAACUAGAGAAAUUCAGCUAAAGCUUUUAUUAAAAUUUUAAAACUGUAUCUUGUAAUUAUGGAAAUUAAGCGAAGACGAUCGGCAGAUAUGAAGGAUUAUAAUGAUUAUUAUGUGUUGAUGAGACACACACUUAUACACUUGCACACACUUUCUACGAAGGUACGAGAGACAAGACAUUUUUUCAUGUCUUUGUAUAUUUUUAUGCAAUGUUGUAGAAUAAUAUUGUUUUAAAUAUAUUAUACAAAUAACUUGAUAAUAAACAAAUUUAUAUGCCA